AUGGCUCUUGCAACACUCGACACUGCAUUCAUCGUUGAGUACGGUCUCUCAGCGUUCACCGUGCUGGCGGUCCAAUUUUAUUAUUUGCACAAUGCGUGGCAACUUAUGUCGAAGCGAUGGAUUCAGAUACCGUUGACGGUCGCCACGGUGAUACUUGCAGUAACCUCGUGUGCAUGCAGUCUUACAAACGUGUUCAUGGCAAAUGCCGACCGUCAUCUGCCAGGAAUCUUCCAGGUCACCGAGAUUCCUAUAGCGAUGCAGACUGUCUCGGCCUCAAUUGCGGAUGUCUUCCUCACAGCGACGCUGACGCUGGCCCUGCGCAAGGGCCGAACUGGAUUCAGACACACCGAGGCGCUGAUUCACACCCUCUCCGUCUUUGUCAUCAACCGCGGAAUUCUAACCACGAUCCUUCAAUCCACUCAAUUCCUUACUUAUAUUUGCCUUCCCGCCACAGACUUGGCGUGGGCCCUUGUUCAUUUUCCAGGUUGCAAGAUCUACGUCAACUCGUUGUUUGCCAUCCUGAACGCUCGUCGUCACUGGAGAGAAAAUAUUGUCAAUGCAGCAGAGACGGGCCUCUCGGUACAAGACAUUCCACUCGAUACCGUUGAGAGAAUGGGGCAGAAAAGCUCAUGGUUCCGAUCGCGGGAAUCAAAACGCUCAAGCACCAGUGGACCCAAAGCUGUUAUCCAAUUCACAACGGAAGUUGUGCGCGAUGACGGCGGGCAACCAGCAGACUCACGUGCCAAGUCUCAGCCGUUUUCAUAGGGUGAUGUUCCUCGACGAUCGUCGUAGAGGAUCACAACGUAGACACGGCAUUAUGAGUGUAGCGAAGUAGCCCUGAUCGAGAUCGCGCAUGGCUCACUGCAGUUCGUCCACGCCUGUCCGGCAACGCCGCAUUCAAUCCCGCGCACUGGUCCAUCUGCCUGUAGGACGCACUUCCUGUUCACGACUACUGUACAUAGUUCUAUAUUGCUGUAGGAACACGGGCCUCAGCCCG